AUGACAUCUUCUAUCGAAAGUAUGAUGAGCACAAUAUCUCCAGGUCGUAGUUAUAUACAUAAAAAGAUUUAUCAAAACGGAUUAUGGAAUUUACAAAAUCGUACUGGUGCACAUAUUGAUGCCAUGGUAGCAUUAGAAAAAGUAGAUUGGAACUAUAAAUAUGAAGAUACUAAACAUCCGAUUCAAGCUUUUGUAGGUGAGGAAGAUGAUAAUGUUCCAUUACAAGCCUGGACGUAUAUGAAUAAUAGAAUGGAUAAUUUAAAACUGAACGUUGUUAAAGAUGGUGGUCAUUAUUU